AGCUGGCUGCUGUUCUUGGCAGCGAAUUUGUGUCCUCCAAACAGUUCCGGGGAGAGAAAAUGGGAUUUGUCUUUAAAACCGGAGACCAAGGCGUGGGUUAUUAUAAAGACCAGCAGCAAGUGCAGCGCCUCUUCGCGGAGACAGGAGGCCGCACUGCUGCUGCUGUUGCUGAAGAUUUGGUGAAGCAGGGGAAGAUGCAUGCGAAGCAAGCAGCAGGGUUGCUAGCUGCUGCUGCUGCUGGCAGCAGCAGCAGCAAGCUGCAACACAGCAAGAAGAGGAAACGAUCCUCUUCCUCUGACUCUGACCGCAAGAAGAAAAAGAAGAAAAAAAAGAAUAAAAAGCAUAAAAGGGCAAAGGGCAAGAAGAAGAGAAAGAAGAGAGCCAGCAGCAGCAGCAGCAGCAGCAGUAGCAGCAGCAGCAGCAGCAGCGAGGAGGAAGAGGAGACCCCUCUCCCUAAGCCAGUUGCUGCUGCUGCUGCUGCUUCGCCAGCAGCUGCAGCAGCAGCAGCAGCAGCGCCUGCCGCUAAAGCAGCCGCAAGGCCGAAUGUUGCUGUUUUGGAAGCAGCAGCAGCAGAAGCCAUGCACA